CAGUAAAAAAUUUAUCAAAUCUACAUUUGGGUGGUGUAUGACAGAUCAAGAACCUUAUCCCAAAAUAAAUAAAUAAAUAAAUAAUCUAAAGCCACAGAGGCAAUAGCUUGACUAUUCAAAGUCAAGAUUGGAAACAUUUCAACAACUCCCUCCCUAAAUUAGGUAAGCAAUUGGAUGGCAUCCCUUCCCACAACAUACUCAAGCAUGUCGCAGACCCUAUCUCUGCUUGAAAGAUGUUCAAACAUGGAGGAAUUAAAGCAAAUUCAUGCUCAUAUGUUCAAAACAGGCCUUGUACUAGAGACAAUCACAGUAAGCAAGCUAGUAGCUUUUGUUAGCUCCUCAAAUUCAGGGAACAUAUCCUAUGCACGUACGGUUUUCGACAGAAUCAGCAGACCCAACACUUUCAUGUGGAAUGCUAUGAUCCGAGGCUAUGCUAACAGCAAUAAAUCGGAGCAUGCUUUGAUUCUGUAUUAUCAAAUGCUCUGUCAUUCCAUUCCACACAAUGUUUACACCUUUCCAUUCCUGCUCAAAGCGUGUUCUCGUCUGUCAGCCUUGGAAGAGAUCCAACAAAUUCAUGCUUACAUCAUAAAACUUGGAUUUGGUUCAGAUAUUUAUUCUACAAAUUCCCUUCUUCAUGCAUACGCUGCAUCUGGCUCCAUAAAAUCUGCGCAAGUCCUCUUUGAUCGAAUCUCACAACCAGAUGUUGUCUCUUGGAACUCAAUGAUUCAUGGGUAUAUGAAAUGCAACGAUACUGAAACAGCCUAUGAACUUUUCCAAGACAUGCCAACAAGAAAUGCCAUUUCAUAUACAGCAAUGAUUUCUGGUUAUGUCCAGGCAGGACUUCACCAAGAGGCACUGAAAGUAUUUCAAGAAAUGCAAAGUGCAGGCAUCAAACCUGAUAGAGUAGAGCUAGCAAGUGUACUUUCAGCAUGUGCACAUCUUGGGGCAUUGGAUCAAGGAAGAUGGAUUCAUGCAUACAUAAAAAAGAAUGAAAUCCAGAUAGACCAGAUUUUAGGUAGUGUUCUAAUAGACAUGUAUGCAAAGUGCGGUGGUAUGGAAGAAGCUCUAGGAGUUUUUAAGAAAAUAGGGAACAAAAAUGUCUAUGUUUGGACUGCAAUAAUUUAUGGUUUUGCAAUUCAUGGGCAUGGACAAGAUGCUCUUUACUGGUUUAAGCAAAUGCUGAAGGCAGGAAUUAAGCCAAACCUGAUAACUUUUACCGCAAUUUUAACUGCAUGCAGUUAUGCAGGACUAGUUGAAGACGGGAAAUCACUAUUUCAGAGCAUGGAGAAAGUUUAUAGUUUGAAACCAACAAUAGAGCACUAUGGAUGCAUGGUCGAUCUAUUAGGUCGAGCUGGAUUGCUGAAGGAAGCAAAGGAUCUGAUUGAGAGAAUGCCAGUAAAACCAAAUCCUGUCAUCUGGGGUGCACUUCUAAACGCCUGUCAUAUUCAUGGAAAUAUAGAGCUAGGUAAACAGAUAGGCAAAAUCCUAAUUGAAGAGGAUCCAGAUCAUGGUGGCCGGUACAUUCACUUAGCCAACAUUCAUGCUGCUGCAGGGGAAUGGGAUGUAGCAGCUGAGGCAAGAGCGCAAAUGAAAGAACAUGGAGUGUCCAAACUUCCAGGGUGCAGCACAAUCAGUCUAGAUGGUACUGUCCAUGGAUUUUUGGCUGGGGAUGGGUCCCAUCCUCAAAUGGAAGAGAUUUAUCACAUGUGGUACAAGAUCGCUGAGCGACUAGGACAAGAAGGAUAUAAACCUGCAAUACAAAAUUUAUUACAUGACCUUGAGGAUGAGGAGAAAGAAAUUGCCAUAAAUCAGCACAGUGAGAAGCUAGCUAUUGCAUUUGGACUAAUCCGGUCAAAACCAAGAGCAACAAUCCGGAUUGUUAAGAAUCUUACAGUGUGUGAGGACUGCCAUAUGGUAAUGAAACUUAUUUCCAAGAUUUAUGUUCGAAAGAUUGUCAUGAGGGAUAGAACUCGUUUCCACGUUUUUAGUGAUGGGAAAUGUACCUGUGGUGAUUACUGGUGAAUAGAGAGUAUGGCACUAUGAUGAUAGCAACCAAAUUCUGCUGAGAGUAAAUAUAUGUAUAGAAUUGUCAUCUCAACAUAAACUUGAAAUGUCAUUAUAAAGAAAAUUAAACCA